AUGGAGCCAUUGAUUGGAGAGGAGGAAGAAGUUUUGAGAGAGCAGGAGGUCGUGCAGGCAGAUCACGACGAGGAGGACGAGUUGGAGCUUACUCAUGAUAAUAAUGAGACUCAUGGCUUACAUGACAUGCAUGGGAGCAGCACGCAAGAAGAUUCUUCUAGUGAUGAAAAUGGUGAGGCAGUUGAGACGGUGGCAGAGCCUCCCUUAAGGCGUAGAACUCGGAACAGACGUCCCCCUUCGGCUCUGAUGGACAUUUAUGAAACCGAGUUACUGGGGCAGCCACGUGAAGAGACGGCGGUGACAUAUCCCAUGGCGAAUUAG